AUGAUACUCAAGAUGCAAAACCAGAUUGAAGGAUUAAUGAAGCAUGUUAAGGCACAAACCCCUGCCACGGUAGAGGAAUUGGUGCAAAACACAGAUUUACCUUUCACACCUGAAGUAAUGAGACGCCCUCUUCCAAGGAAGUUUAAGAUGCCCCAAUUGGAAACAUUCAAUGGUUCUACGGACCCGUUGGAUCAUCUUGAGACGUACAAGUCCCUGAUGCACUUACAAGCAGUGCCGGAUGAAGUAAUGUGUCGGGCAUUCCCAGUUACCCUCAAGGGAAGUGCCCGAGCAUGGUUCAACAAGCUCCCACCAGGAAGUAUACACAGCUUUAAAGAACUUAGCACAAGCUUUGUAAGUUACUUCAUUGCUGGUCAACGCUACGGCAAACCAGCAACGCAUCUCCUGACAGUAAAACAAGAGAGAUGGGAAUCGUUGAGAGAAUAUACCACAAGGUUUAAUAAAGAGGUGGUCCAAAUAGAUGAAGCUGACGACAACGUGAGCAUAACUGCUUAUAUUGCUGGGUUAUAUUCAGGGCAAUUCCUAUAUCUUGUGUCUCAAGAACCGCCAAAAACCAUGGCAGAGCUCAUGCUCAGAGCUCAGAAGCAUAUGAACGCAGAAGAGGCUGUUGGUGAAUUCUCCCUAACAAACAAAAGGAGGCAAGAAGCUGUCCGCAAAACAGGGGGAGAACCUAGGAAUAAAAAGGUGGACUCAAGAUCAUCCUCAAAAAGAGGAUCAACUGGAGGACCUCCCCAAGGAAAAUACAAACAGUUUACCCCACUCAUAGCCACGGCAGAGCAAAUCCUCAGCAAUCUACAAGACGAUCCAGACCUCAAGUGGCCGGGAAAGCUGAGGUCCGAUCCUAGCAGGAGAGCUAAGGAUAAAUACUGUAGGUUUCACAGAGACCAUGGACAUAAUACAGAUGAUUGCAUUGACUUGAAACAGCAGAUCGAGGAUUUAAUUCAAAGAGGGAGACUUCAGCGUUUCGUAACAAAGAAGCACCAGAAGCAACCUAGAAAGGAAGAUGCAAACAAAAAGCGAAGGGACGGAGCUCCACCUCGGUCCGGCCCCAUUGGGGAGAUCAAGGUCAUCCAUGGAGGAUUUGCUGGAGGUGGAGAGUCCAGCCAUGCAAGAAAGGCCCACCUAAGAAAAUUGCGAACGGAGGAAUAUUUGGAGGUCAACACGAUCGACCACCCAAGCAAGAUCCAGAAAAAAGAGGAGAUACCCAUAAUCUUCUCAGAAGAAGACCUCAAAGGAAUCCAGAUUCCCCAUGGUGACCCCCUGGUCAUAACCAUUGUCAUAGCAAAUUACCUCACACGAAGAGUAUUGAUCGAUAGCGGAAGUUCAGCUGAUAUACUCUAUCUUCAUGCAUAUGACCAGUUAAAAGUCGGACGAGAAAGGCUAAGGCCUAUGGUGUCACCACUAGUUGGGUUUACAGGUACACCUGUUUACCCAGCUAGUCAGAUAGCACUACCGAUUACUAUGGGAGAGGAGAAAAGCCAGAUUACACGUAUGAUUGAUUUCAUAGUAGUCGACUGUCCCUCAGCAUAUAACGCAAUCUUAGGAAGGACUACUUUGAACAAGAUUGGAGCAAUAAUCUCCACUCACCAUUUGAUGAUAAAAUUCCCAACAUCAGAUGGAGAUCAGAAAGCAGCACGGGAAUGCUAUGUUACCUCACUCAGAGGAGCUAACAUUACCAUGAAUAUAGAGAGUCUCGACACUCGAGAUGAAGAGAAACUCCAACAUGGAGAGCCCGUGGAAGAGCUUAUAGAAGAAUUCCUGGAGCCACGACAAUCAGGGAAGACAAUGAGGAUUGGAACAGGGUUGAAUACGAUUGCAAAAUCAGAGCUGCUGCAAUUCUUAAGGAAGAAUAAAGACAUUUUUGCGUGGUCCCAUGAAGAUAUCCCCAGAAUUGACCUAAGGGUCAUAUCUCACAAACUGAAUGUCGACCCCACUGUACGUCCAGUCAAGCAGAAGAAAAGAGCCAUUGCUCCAGAAUGA